CCGCCGCCACGCCCCCAGCCCCGGCGCCGCUGGGAGCCGCAGCUCCCUGAGCCCGCCUUCUCCCCGGGCCGGCGCAGCUCGCGCGUCAUGCUCUGCGCCACUAGCCGCCUCCUAGCGGCCCGGGCGGCGAGCGCCCUCCCCGCCCACCCCAGAGGCCGGGGCCCGGCGCCGCGCAGCCGGCGCAGGGAACUACAUUUCCCAGGGCACCCCGAGCUGCCCCCUGGUGACUUCUUGGCGGGGCGCUUCGCGAGACACAGCGUGCCUGCGGGCCGGAGGGCCAUCCUGAGGAGGGGAAGGAUGCCGCCGGCCGCGGGCGGAGGCUUGGCGGGAUCCGAACUGCGCCCCCGGAAGGGCCGAUGCGGGUCCCAGGCGGCUCGGGCCGCGGGCCGGGACGUGACCACCGAGGCGGCUACAGCGCGGAGCCCCAAACGGUCUGCUCCUCCGAGCUCGCGGCGCUUCGAGGCGGCCGGCCGGUGGGCCCUGCUGGCCCUGGUGACGCUGACGUCCUUCGCCACCCGGUUCCACCGUCUGGACCAGCCGCCACACAUCUGUUGGGAUGAGACUCACUUUGGAAAAAUGGGAAGUUACUAUAUCAACCGCACCUUCUUCUUUGAUGUGCACCCACCUCUGGGAAAGAUGCUGAUUGGUCUGGCUGGCUACCUGAGUGGGUACGAUGGCACCUUUUUGUUCCAGAAGCCUGGGGACAACUAUGAGCAUCACAGCUACAUGGGAAUGAGAGGAUUCUGUGCAUUCCUUGGCUCCAUGCUCGUCCCUUUGGCCUACCUCACUGUGCUGGAGCUGUCCCGGUCUCUCCCAGCAGCGCUGCUCACAGCCGCCUUCCUCACCUUUGACACAGGAUGCCUUACUCUGUCCCAGUACAUCCUCCUUGACCCCAUCUUGAUGUUCUUCAUCAUGGCUGCCAUGCUGAGCAUGGUCAAGUACAACUCCUGUGCCAACAGGCCCUUCUCUGCCCCCUGGUGGUUCUGGCUCAGCCUGACCGGCAUUAAUCUGGCUGGCGCUCUGGGGGUCAAGUUUGUUGGCCUCUUCAUCAUCCUGCAAGUGGGGUGGAACACCCUUUCAGACCUUUGGCACCUGUUUGGAGACCUCAGUCUUUCAAUGGUGACCUUGGGAAAACAUCUGACCGCUCGCAUCCUGUGCCUCAUAGUGCUGCCACUGGCUCUCUACAUCGCCACCUACGCUGUCCACUUCAUGGUGUUGAAUAAAAGCGGUCCCGGUGAUGGCUUUUUCAGUUCUGCCUUCCAGGCCCGGCUUUCAGGAAACAACCUUCACAACGCAUCCAUUCCAGAACACCUGGCCUACGGCUCCGUGAUCACCGUGAAGAACCUGCGGAUGGCCAUCGGCUACCUCCACUCACACAGGCACUUCUACCCCGAGGGCGUCGGCGCCCGCCAGCAGCAGGUCACCACCUAUUUGCACAAGGACUACAACAACCUAUGGAUUAUCAAGAAGCAUAAUUCGAACUCAGCAGAUCCCCUAGACCCUUCACUCCCAGUGGAGUUUGUGAGACAUGGAGACAUCAUUCGACUAGAACACAAAGAGACUUCUCGGAACUUGCAUAGUCACUAUCACGAGGCCCCCCUGACCCGGAAGCACUAUCAGGUCACUGGCUAUGGCAUAAAUGGGUCAGGGGACUCGAAUGACUUCUGGCGGAUUGAGGUUAUAAACAGAAAAUUUGGAAACCGAAUCAAAGUGCUGAGAAGUCGAAUUCGCCUCAUCCAUCUGGUCACAGGUUGUGUCCUGGGCUCUUCGGGAAAGGUCCUGCCCAAGUGGGGCUGGGAGCAGUUGGAAGUCACAUGCACACCAUACCUAAAGGAAACCCUCAGCUCCAUCUGGAAUGUGGAGGACCAUAUCAAUCCCAAAUUGCCGAACAUCAGCCUGGAAGUGCUGCAGCCCAGUUUCCCUGAGAUAAUGCUGGAGUCCCACAUGGUGAUGAUCCGGGGGAACAAUGGCCUCAAGCCCAAGGACAAUGAGUUCACUUCCAAACCCUGGCACUGGCCUAUCAACUUUCAGGGCCUGCGCUUCUCAGGGGUCAAUGACACCGACUUCCGAGUGUAUCUGCUGGGCAACCCGGUGGUCUGGUGGCUGAACCUGCUGAGCCUCGCCCUCUACAUCCUCUCAGCGAGCGUCUUUGCUGUGGCCAUGCAGAGGGGCGCGCGUCUGCCUGCUGAGGUUGAAGGUCUGUCCCAGGUCCUGCUGCGAGGAGGCGGGCAGCUCCUACUCGGCUGGAUGAUGCAUUACUUCCCCUUCUUCCUGAUGGGCCGGGUUCUCUACUUCCACCACUACUUCCCCGCGAUGCUCUUCUCCAGCAUGCUGACAGGCCUUCUGUGGGACACCCUCCUGCGGCUCUGUGCCUGGAGCCUGGCCUCCUAUCCGCUGGCCGGGUGUGUGCACACGCUGGGCAUCCUGAGCCUGCUCCUGGGAACUGCCUACAGCUUCUACCUCUUCCACCCUCUGGCCUACGGGAUGGUAGGUCCCCUGGCCCAGGACCCCCGAAGUCCGAUGGCGGGGCUCAGGUGGCUGGAAUCGUGGGACUUUUGAGGCCACUGCGAGGACUCCAGCCUGAGACCAGGACCUUCGUGGGGACGGCCAGCUGUGACGCCAGUCCCCGGACCCUCCCAGCCGUGGAGGAAGUGGCCCAAGGAGCCUGUGGACCUCCACUGCCUGCUGGCGCCCCACCCUGGGAGCGCAAACUGCUGGGGAGCACUGUGGCCCUGCUCCUCCGCAGAGGCUCCUCCACUGGGUCUGCUCAGCCACAGACGACUUCCCUCUCAGGCCUGUCCCCCGUGAGCGGCGUGAGGAAGGAUGAGUGUGGGGGUGAGUGUGAGCGUGCGUGUGUCCGUGUGCCUGUGCAGUAUAGACCAUGACUAUGGACAGCGGAGCGUCAUAAACUCUAAGAAAUCGU